AUGUACGAGGUGUCGCUCUAUGAGGAAAUCAUGCUGCGCGCGUGCUAUGACUCAGCGGUGGGAAUUCAAUGCGAAACGGAGGGUGAAUAUCGAGGGGGCAUGGCCGAGGACUCUCAAGUACACCUCACAAAGCCUCUAGAUAAUCUCGUCACAGAGCUGCACGACUUUCUUGGGUUGGGCCAUUCAUCUCUUGGCUUUGUGCCAGUCCUACCGCAAUUCGUCCAGAGCCUGCCGGGAAAUGUGCCAGAAGAAGAUAUGGAAUAUCUGGAGAUCAAGGGAGUGUUUCGUGUGCCAGACAUAAUUCUUCGGCAUGAACUGCUCAAAGCCUUUGUUGAGAACGUGUAUCCAUUUCUUCCCGUUCUAGAUUUGGAAUCGUUUAUCCUUCCUAUCAUUUUGAAUGACGGGGCCCAGCCCGUUAGCCUGCUCCUUUUCCACGCUGUGAUGUUUUCGGCAACAGCCUUUGUUGAGCUGAAGCAUAUCCACAACGCUGGGUAUGAGACCCGAAAGGAACUGCGCGAGGCGUACUAUCUGAAAGCCCGAACCUUGUAUGACUUUGAUAUUGAGAGGGACCGAGUGGUUCUUAUCCAGGCCCUUCUACUCAUGACCUACUGGCACGAAAGCCCGGAGAACCCCAAGGACUCUCAACACUGGCUCAACGUGUGCUGGUCGCUCGGGGUUUCAAUUGGCCUCGACUGCGACCCUUCGACGUCGCCCAUGACCCCGCAGCGCCAGAAGAUAUGGAAACGCCUUUGGUGGUGCCUGUAUACUCGCGAUACGUUGCUUGCACUGAACCUACGACGGCCGCUGUGCUAUGGGCAGGAUGACGAUAGCCAGCUUCCCCUGGUCAGUCUAGAGGAUUUCAAUAUCGGCUACCAUUCAACCAAGAUCAUCACGGCGCUCGGCGGCUGCGACUUUCUGCUGAAUAUUCAGCUUCAGCGACAGCUGGCAAUGGGCUUUAUCGAAAAGGCAAAGAUCUCGAUGCUCAUUUACAGGGCGCUACUUGUUCGUGACCACCAGGAGAAGCAUCGGCGCCAAGGUUCCCUGGAGUCGAGCAAAGAUCCUGGAUGGGAAGCGCUCCAGGGGUUACAAGCCUGGUGCGAAGAGCUUCCUGUAGAACUCCAAUACGCGCCCCUCCAGUCAGACAAUUUGGAUCAUGCGACGAAGCUCCUCCACAUACAACGCGCGUGGAUGCGAGUAAUAUUCCUCGCAACUAUCGGAACGCUCCAUCGAGAAAGCCAAAGUCCGAGUCCGAGCUUGCAGGUUCUGAGCCUAUCGGGAGUGCAGUAUGAAAAUAUUAUACGCGAGACAUCGUCGAUCUUGCAGGACCUGAAUCACCUUGGGCUUGUCCAAUAUCUCCCGACUACAACGGUUGCAUUGCUUGUUCCGGUCCUCGCGAGGCAAGUUCUUAGAUUUAAGGACAGCACAGGCUGCGUUGGGAUUGAGGCUUUUGAAGGAUUCUAUCAGGGCAUGCGGGUUUUGGGCACAUUUGGUGAAGUCUACCCCUCUGCAGUUACCGUACAGCGUUUCUUUGAGGGAGCUCUCCGCAGUGCCAAACAGGGUCCCAAUAUAUCCAUGCCGUCAGCCAUUCGUAACCUGCUUACAGAGGAGGAGCAAACGAAUUGGCGUUUUGGGGAUAUCUAA